AUGGACUGGAAGGAAGUCCUUCGCCGGCGGCUGGCGACGCCCAGCAACGGCCCCAGCAAAAAAAAAAGUGAACAAGAAUUAAAAGAUGAAGAAAUGGAUUUAUUUACCAAAUACUACUCUAAAUGGAAAGGAGGUAGAAAAAACACAAAUGAAUUCUAUAAGACCAUUCCCCGGUUUUAUUAUAGGCUGCCAGCUGAAGAUGAAGUCUUACUGCAGAAAUUAAGAGAGGAAUCCAGAGCUGUCUUUCUGCAAAGGAAAAGCAGAGAACUGUUAGAUAAUGAAGAAUUACAGAACUUAUGGUUUUUGCUGGACAAGCACCAGACACCACCUAUGAUUGGAGAGGAAGCAAUGAUUAAUUAUGAAAAUUUUUUGAAAGUUGGUGAGAAAGCUGGACCAAAGUGCAAGCAAUUUUUCACAGCGAAAGUCUUUGCUAAACUCCUUCAUACAGAUUCUUAUGGAAGAAUUUCCAUCAUGCAGUUCUUUAAUUACGUCAUGAGAAAAGUUUGGCUUCAUCAAACAAGAAUAGGACUCAGUUUAUAUGAUGUUGCAGGACAAGGAUAUCUCCGAGAAUCCGAUUUAGAAAACUACAUAUUGGAACUUAUCCCUACUUUGCCACAAUUAGAUGGGCUGGAAAAAUCUUUUUAUUCCUUUUAUGUUUGUACAGCUGUUAGGAAAUUCUUUUUCUUUUUGGACCCUCUAAGAACAGGGAAGAUAAAAAUUCAAGAUAUUUUAGCAUGCAGCUUCCUAGAUGAUUUAUUGGAGUUAAGGGAUGAGGAACUGUCCAAGGAGAGUCAAGAAACAAAUUGGUUUUCUGCUCCUUCUGCCUUAAGGGUAUAUGGCCAGUAUUUGAAUCUUGAUAAGGAUCACAAUGGCAUGCUCAGUAAAGAAGAACUCUCCCGUUAUGGAACAGCAACCAUGACCAAUGUCUUCUUAGACCGUGUUUUCCAGGAGUGUCUCACUUAUGAUGGAGAAAUGGACUAUAAGACCUACCUGGACUUCGUUCUUGCAUUAGAAAACCGAAAAGAACCUGCAGCUCUGCAGUACAUUUUCAAAUUGCUUGAUAUCGAGAACAAAGGAUAUCUGAAUGUCUUUUCUCUUAAUUACUUCUUUAGGGCCAUACAGGAACUAAUGAAAAUCCAUGGACAAGAUCCUGUUUCAUUUCAAGAUGUGAAGGAUGAAAUCUUUGACAUGGUAAAACCAAAGGAUCCUUUGAAAAUCUCGCUUCAGGAUUUAAUCAACAGUAAUCAAGGAGACACAGUCACCACCAUUCUAAUCGAUCUGAAUGGCUUCUGGACUUAUGAGAACAGAGAAGCCCUUGUUGCAAAUGACAAUGAGAACUCUGCAGACCUUGAUGAUACAUGA